UAUCUCCCUCCCUCUCUCAGUUUCCCGCGCUGUUCUCGAUGCGCGUGUCCCCUUCACUUGGCCGUGCAGCAGGAGACCGCUCUGACGUGAGGCGCACGAGCUGCGAGUGUCUCUCGAACAUUGGGAUCCGGAACUGGUUUGGAUUCCUUUGACACGCGCUCUCUGGCGAGAACCCGACCGGUUUGACUUAAUUGGAUUUGAGGAUCACGUUAUUGUCGUUUUUUUUACGUUUUCGUGUAUCUGCGAUUCCGCCGAAAAAGUAAUUAGACAUUGGAGAACAACUUGCGCGGAAGUUGACCGUCAAGCAAUUGAGGCAAUUAAGAGUCAAUAAAGGGAGCGUGGUGGGAGGGUGCACUUGCGUGUGUGUGCGUGUGUGUAAGUGUGUGUGAGUGUGUGUGUGUAGGAGGGAGGCGCGAAGCGCGAGCGGAACUCCGAGUCCACACAGUAAAGUGAGAACAAACGACCGUUGAAGGAGAACGCGCAAGGACGUGUCUUAAUUGGAGAGUCUUAAUUGGACGGGUCUCAAUUGGACAUGCACCAUGGACGGUAUUAACGGAGCCACCGGCCAGCCUUCGGGACUCUGGCCCCCGUGGAAUGACAACGGCUCCUCCAUCAACCAGACCAACACCCCAUUCACCCCCACCCUGUGCAAUGGCUCCUCCUCCUCCUCCUCCAACGACUCCUCCUCCUCCGUCUACUGCUCCACCCUGGACGGCGCCGCCGCCGCCGGGGCCAGCGGCCCCUACAAGGCCGUGGAGAUGUUCUUCAUCGCCGUGGUGACCGGCUCCCUCAGCUUCGUCACGGUAACGGGCAACAUCCUGGUGAUGCUGUCCAUCAAGGUCAACCGCCACCUGCAGACGGUGAACAACUACUUCCUAUUCUCGCUGGCGUGCGCCGACCUCAUCAUCGGGGCGUUCAGCAUGAACCUGUACACGGUGUACAUGGUGGCGGGCUACUGGCCCCUGGGGCCCGUGGUGUGCGACCUGUGGCUGGCCCUGGACUACGUGGUGAGCAACGCCUCCGUCAUGAACCUGCUCAUCAUCAGCUUCGACCGCUACUUCUGCGUCACCAAGCCGCUCAGCUACCCGUCACGCCGGACCACCAAGAUGGCCGGGCUGAUGAUCGCGGCGGCCUGGAUACUCAGCUUCGUGCUCUGGGCGCCCGCCAUCCUGUUCUGGCAGUUUAUCGUCGGCGAGAGGACGGUACCGUCCGGAGAGUGUUACAUACAGUUCCUGUCGAACCCAGCGGUGACAUUCGGCACGGCGAUCGCAGCCUUCUACCUGCCAGUCAUCAUCAUGACCGUCCUGUACAUCCACAUCUCCCUGGCCUCCCGCAGCAGGGUGUCCAAACACAAGCCCGACAAGAAGGACAAGAAAGGCAUCAAAACCCCGAGUCUGUUGAAGAGUCACCUGUUGAAGCAGAACAACAACAACGACGCCACUCCCCAACCCAGCCCCCUGCCCAUCAACAAACCCGGCCUGGAGCCCGACUCCACCGGGGGUGCCGAGGAGCUGAAGAACGGCAAGAUCGAGGAACCGAACCCAGCGGAACCAGCUCCACCGUUAGCCCAGCCAAGCCCCGCCCCUACACAGGAGGAGAAGGAGAGCAGCAAUGACUCAUCCACCGCCUUCAUCGCACCUCCGGAGCCCGGAGAGCCCCCCCGUGACGGGCCCCCCAGCGAGGGAGGGGCCUCUACCUCCGCGGCCCCGCCCCCGGCCCCGCCCCCCACCGCCCUGGCCCCACCCACCACCAGCGCGGUGGGGGCCCGCAUGAACCCCUCGUCUAAGUGGUCCAAGAUCAAGAUCGUGACCAAGCAGGCCGGGGACGAGUGCAUCACGGCCAUCGAGAUAGUGCCCCCGGUGGAGGGCGGGGGGAAGCACUCCAUCGCCAUCAACCGCCCCCGCACCGUCGCACGCAAGUUUGCCAGCAUCGCUCGCAGCCAGGUGAAGAGGAAGAGGCAGAUGGCCGCCCGGGAGAAGAAGUGGAGUUGUAACGGGAGGUUAACUGGUUACCAGUACCGCAGUGUGUUAGGGAGGUUAACUGGUUACCAGUACCGCAGUGUGUUAGGGAGGUUAACUGGUUACCAGUACCGCAGUGUGUUAGGGAGGUUAACUGGUUACCAGUACCGCAGUGUGUUAGGGAGGUUAACUGGUUACCAGUACCGCAGUGUGUUAGGGAGGUUAACUGGUUACCAGUACCGCAGUGUGUUAGGAGGUUAA